AACAAAUGAAAAACAGCACAGACGGAUGGAACAACACGUUCGGUGUGAACGGCCCAUACCGCCCUCUCUGUCUCUCCCCCCACCGUCUCGGGAGCUGCUGGAUGAGUGAGCAUGUAGAGCGGGAGUCAGGCAGACGCACAGCCGAAGUACAGAAAAAGAACAAUACACACGUGAUACCUAACUAACUUUGGGAGCAGAAUGUCAGUGAAUGCCCCCAGCAGCAGUGAUGCGUGUUUAAACAUCGUUCACAGUCUGAUGUGUCACCGCCAGGGAGGAGAGAAUGAGAGCUUUGCCAAACGUGCCAUUGAAAGCCUGGUGAAGAAACUCAAAGAGAAGAGAGAUGAGCUUGACUCCCUCAUCACUGCGAUCACAACAAAUGGAGUUCAUCCAAGCAAGUGUGUCACCAUACAGAGAACACUGGAUGGCCGUUUGCAGGUGGCUGGACGGAAGGGUUUCCCUCAUGUCAUAUAUGCUCGUCUGUGGCGAUGGCCGGAUCUCCACAAGAAUGAACUGAAGCAUGUCAAGUUUUGUCAGUAUGCGUUUGAUCUGAAGUACGAUAACGUGUGCGUGAACCCCUACCACUAUGAGCGUGUGGUUUCACAUGGAAUUGUGGGGUUCAGUUUGCCAAACACAGGCAGGCUGAUAAAAGAGGAACACAUUCAUGACUGCAUCCAGAUGGAGGGUCCAUCGUGUAUGAACCUACAGCAAGACCACCAUCCACCAGAUCACUACAGCCACCCGCUUAGACUGCUGUCUCCAGAGCCACCCCAGCGGUCCACUCCCUCAGUCACUCUCUACCCCUGCCUGCCCCUCUCCCCACCCUCAAGUGCCUCCAGGUUGUCCAUGCAGGCAGAGUGUUCUGAGGGACUGCUGCAGAACGCCUCGCCUGCGGGUCGGGCCCUGACCUCCAGCUCUCCCCCUUCCACCCCAACACACAGUCACCCACCCACCAACAGCCAGCCCUCAUCACAGCAGCCCUCUCUCAGCCAAAGCGACUACAGCAACUCAAAGCACACCCAGACACAAGGCUCAUUCCACACAACAACCUGGACAGGGACAAGCACAGCCUCCUAUACCCCUGCAGGACCACAACAGAAUGGGCGGAGUCAUCAGCAAGCCACACCUGCUCACACCAGCCACUUCUGGUCUCAGCAUCACACACCAGCCUCAUACCCACAGCCAGUCUCCAACCAUCCAGGUCCAGAGUUCUGGUGCUCAAUCUCUUAUUUUGAGAUGGAUGUACAGGUCGGGGAGAUGUUUAAAGUAUUGGCAAACUGCCCUGUGGUGACGGUGGAUGGAUACGUGGAUCCUUCGGGUGGUGACCGCUUCUGUCUGGGGCAGCUUAGCAAUGUUCACCGGACUGAUGCCAGCGAAAGGGCACGGCUUCACAUUGGUAAAGGUGUUCAGCUUGAGUGCCGUGGGGAGGGGGACGUGUGGAUGCGUUGCCAUAGUGAUCAUGCUGUCUUUGUCCAAAGUUACUACUUGGACAGAGAGGCAGGGAGAGCGCCAGGGGAUGCCGUUCAUAAGAUCUACCCUGGAGCCCUCAUUAAGGUGUUUGAUCUUCGACAGUGUCACAGGCAGAUGCAGCAGCAAGCAGCGACUGCACAGGCAGCUGCAGCUGCACAGGCUGCAGCAGUGGCUGGGAACAUCCCUGGGCCAGGCAGUGUUGGAGGAAUUGCUCCAGCCAUUAGUCUGUCGGCAGCAGCUGGAAUAGGUGUUGAUGACCUGCGUCGCCUAUGCAUCUUACGUCUGAGUUUUGUAAAGGGCUGGGGACCCGACUACCCUCGGCAGACCAUCAAGCAGACACCAUGCUGGGUAGAAGUUCAUCUGCACCGCGCCCUGCAGCUGCUGGAUGAGGUGUUGCACACCAUGCCCCUCGCUGACCCUGGACCUGCCAACUGACCAGCAGGCUGAAGAGAGAAGGUGCCAAAGUAUAUUACAAAAACAGGGAUGAAGAGAAAAAAAGAGUGGGAGAAAAGAGAAAAGUGAACAACAUACAAAGUCUCUUUCCUAAGAUGUACACCUGCACAGGCAAACAGUGACUCAUUGAACCACAUACACAUGCACAAGCAUUCAUGACUUUACACACGCACACACAGUCUUUCCACAGCCUUAGCCAGCAAACUGCCUCUGAACUGACCAGUGUUUAGUGCACUCAUGGGUGCUGUUGAUUCUGUUGUCAUGGUAACACAAACCAAAGGCCCCACUGAUGAGGUGGAUGUCCAAAAAGAGGCAAAAAGUGAGGGAGGAGGUUAAGAAAAAAGCCUGUAUAGCUGAUCAUGUAAUAGCAUCCUAGAUUAAUAUCCAACACACACUCUGAUUAACCAUAGUUUUCUGAAGGUGGGAACUAAUCAGAUUUCUGAAUAUAAACAGGAUGUCAAAGGGAAUAAUCCUUACUGAAUCAGCUAAAAGAGAGGAUAGAAAAAUGUGCCUGCUGUGGAUCAAAAGGUAUCCAUUCUGUACUAUCUGUAUUCAAGAAGCCAGUAUAUUAUUAUCUGACCAAUCUUGAUUGCUAGAAUGGAGACCAAAGACUCUUAUUUUAAUGAAUGAGAACAAAGACUCUUAUUUUAAUGAAUGAGACCAAAGACUCUUAUUUUAAUGAAUGAGACCAAAGAGACUAAAUUUAAAUUAAAAUCUACUCAUUAUGAAUGCCUUAAUAGUGAGUAAUUUAGUGAUACAAAGAUAUAGGUUUUGUUCCAUACUUAGGAGCAGGGGCAUAUUAAACAAUAUAAUUAUGAGUGACACAUCUCAACCCUCUCCUACUAAUACAUUUCAUAUGUUUAAUUACCCUGAUACAAGAAGCGUGUUAAAUCCGGACAGUGCCGAACAAUGUGCCAAAAAAGCCUGACACUUUUAUACUUGCUUAAGCUUAAAGGAAUAGUUUACCCCAAAAUGAAAAUUCUCUCAUCAUUUACUUAUCCUCAUGCCAUCCCAGAUGUGUAUGACUUUCUUUCUUCUGCAGAACACAAACAAAGAUUUUUAGAAGAAUAUCUCAGCUAUGCAGGUCCAUACAAUGAAAGUAAAUGUUGGACAUAAAUUUGAAGCUCUAAAAGCACAUAAAGGCAGCAUAAAAUUAAUUAAUGUGACUCCAGUGGUUUAACCCAUGUCUUCUGAAGCAAUAUGACAGAAAACAAAUUACUUGAAAAUUGAAAACACCUAUCAAUUUUACAGACACCUAUCAAUGUCUAUGGCUCUUUAAGACAUAGAUUUAGCCACUGGAGUUGUAUGGAUUACAUUUAUGCUUCUUUUGUUUUGCUUUUUGAACCUUCAAAGUUCUGGCCUCCAUUCACUUGCAUUCAGUGGACCUACAGAGCUGAGAUAUUCUUCUAAAAAUAUGUUUUUGUGUUCUGCUGAAGACAGUCAUUCACAUCUGGAAUGGUAUGAGGGUGAGAAAUUUGAGAAUGUUCAUUUUUAGUGAACUAUCCAUUUAAUAUGACUUCAUAUUGAGUCAUGAUGCAGAGAGGAGUUUAUUAUUAUUAUUAAUAAACAUGUAUUAUACACAGAAAAAUGCAGACAUGAUCCAUGCCAAGGGAACCACAUCACAUCAGCCAAAUACUAUCAUAACCAAAUAUAAUAUCUUGACAAAAACAAAAAGUCAAAAACAAGCAAGAGACAAAAAAGAAAGCAAAUAAAUUAAAAGAAGAUACACACAGCACCCACACAAGUCAUCUAUGUCUGGAACCCAAAACAUUAUUAAGGAAAUAAUCAAUUACCCAAAAACACCAAAAUGUAAGCACACAUUCCAGGUCUUAAUAGAUUUUUUGUUACAGGAGGUGGACUGAGAUUUAAUAUAAAUCUCAGUAUCUCUUUAAAAAUUAGAGAAUUUUUAAUACUUUACAUUUAUGAAUAAAGUAAUCAAUAAUUAAUUAAGCAGAAUAAUUAAAUUACAUAGAAAAUAUUCUGCAGAGAGAAUAGACACCAAGCAGAUAUUUUAAGUGUUACAGUCUCUCAUACACAUAGACUUGCAUUUUAGACAUGGGUUUCCUGACUUACAGAAUGUUUAAUCUUUAUAUAUUGUAUAAAGCACUGUAUUUUAUUCAUGAUUCAAACAUGUGAUGUCCUCAUUUAAUAAAUACAUUGCCUUAAUGCAUUUUUAAAUAGUAGGCAGGCUGCCUUCGAGACUUUUUGGUUAUUGCUGUAAUUUAUGUUUAUGAGUUAUUGUUCAAAUGUAUUAAUUUUAUUCUGGUUUUGCACACUAUAAACAGUGUAUCCAAGCCAAUAUAUUUUUUACAACGUUUUAAAAGGUUUUUGUUGGUUUUUCCAUUUUUAUAAAGUUCUGCUACUCCCACUCCUAUUUAAAUGAAAUAAUGUAUAUUGUCCUGAAAUAAAGCAAGGACAAAAUGGAAUGAAAUAUGUGCCAUUGGGACUUCAUCUUGAAUUUGAACAUAUUUACUUGAAAUAGAUUUAGCAGAUUUGAACUUGAAUUACAUCAAACUUUGAACUUGAAUUUUAUGAAUUUAAUUUGAACAUGUUUACUUCACAUUGAAUUUGCAGUUUUAAACUCUAAUUACAUCAAACUUGAAAUUCAAAUAUAUGUGGCACGAAUUCAGAUUUUUUAAUUCAGAUUCCAUUUUUUAAUACACUUAUUUAGUUUUUAUAUUCAGAUUCGGGUAAAUUUGACGAACCAGGGCACUCAAAAAGAGCAUUCAAGCCUGUAUGUAAUCGAACUCCUUGACCAAUCACAACGUAGCUCACAGUUCACAUUUGGAAGAGGAAGGGUCUGCUGUGAAAGUGCCACUGCCAACGUGGGAUCAUGGGAAAACGAGAGCCACCACCUCUUUCUAGUGCAAGUUACUUGUUCUGUCCUGAUGAAAACUCCAGAUGUAAACUGUGCAGGAUAUUCCUACAGGUUUUAGAAUGGAACUUUAAAAACCACAGAGACAUGCAGGAAUAGCCAGCACACUUCCUGCACACAGGAAAAAAGUCCUGCAGGACAUUUCUACAGGACAACUGCAAACCUCCUCCAGGAAUAAAAUAAGAGUCUAAAAGGUUUAAAUGAUCCUGCAGGACACCUGUUUAUUUCCUGAGGAAUAAAACAGUAUCCUACAGGAAACACAGGAAGACACACUGAUGUAAUAACUGUA